GCUCUCUCAUAGGCUGGCCACGUUUCUGUGGCGACAGCACUCAUCCCUUUCACACCUGUUCUCGCCUGACAACACAGAGCCCACCGUUUCCUCCUUCAGACCAUAAAAAGCCAUGGACCUGUGCCUAAGCCUGACCGCCCUGCUGAUCCUGAUGCUCCAGGCUCUGAAUGGAGUGCGACUGCAGGAGCCGUCAGAGUCUUUACCGAUCCCGCCAGUACACGCAAACUGGACUAACAGAGCAGACAGUUCACCAAGCCUCAGUCCUGACACAAGGCAGGAGGACAUGACAAACGAGGACAUGGCUAUCCAAGCUGCCUCACCGCUGAACCCCGACUCUCCCGAUGAGGAGGAAAAUGAGAACGCCGGUCUGCCAGCCUCUCCAUCACCUCACGAUGGCACAGCUGGAAGCCCUGUCACGACCCCCCCGCCUAAAACCACCGUGUCUGCGCAAUCUGUCCCCCCGGGGAGCCUCAGUACCACACCAAAGAAUACUGGCCUGCCUGAAGUGCCAAAUACCAACAUCUCCAGCCCCCUGAACUCCACCGCCCAGAGCUGGCCCAGCCGCCGCCCAGAGCCGGCACCUAACACCACCGGGGCAGCCGCACCCGAGAGCCACGAUGACGCCUCUUCCACAGCCCAGCAGAACCCAGACCGGCCCCCAGCCAAUUCCUCCUCCUCCACCAACACCACCACCACCACCACCACCACCACCACCACAGUCACCGGUGCCACUACCACCAGAGUCACCAGUCCCACCUCCACCAGAGUCACCAGUCCCACCCCCACCACCACGGGCCUGAGCACCCGAGUCACGGCUGGGGAUUCAGGGAACGGCACAGAUGACAGAGGUUUUGCAGGCAGUAACACGGAGGAGAGCAGUGCCAGGAACACCACUAGUGCGUGGGGUGCCAUCAUCGGCACGGCUCUGGCCGUGGGGUUUGUGGGGUUUAUCAUUUAUAUGAUCCUGAAAAAGAGGAGCGGCCGACAGUUCAUACACAGGAAACUGGAGGACGACCUGCCGGCAGACCCAGUUCUCAGACUGGACAACAGCGAUGUCUUGGAUUUGAAAUUUGAUGGCUUGGCUUACUACAACCCCGGACUACAAGGAGACCACAUCCAGAUGACCAACUUUCCGCACGGACACAUACACUGAUGAACAGCCCCGUGGGCACAGAGAGAGACUCUCUUCGCACAGUACAAUGAUCACUCAAGAGUCAUACAAGGAUUACUAGGAUGCCUAAAGUAGAGCACACAGACACUUUUCAGGAUGAGAAUCUUCUUUGUAAAUAAAAACAAAUCUGCCAAAGAAUUAUGAUGAGCAUAUUUGUCUGCAUGGAAUUAUCAAUAUGCCUCUGAAAAUGGGAUUCUGAGGCUGAAUUAAAUCCAAUUUUCAUCUCGUUAUCAAUCUUUUUACUGAUUCUUCUUCAGAAUUUAAUGCUUAACAAUAGAGUCAAUUUAGGAUAUUUAUUAGAAAUGUCAAAAAUAUGGAGACAUAAUAUACUGUGUAACAUAAUGUUCAAAAUUAAUGCUUGCAUGAAUAUAAAUUUAAGCUUCAAAUUAAAACAACGUAGUAUCUACAGAUCAUGGCAAA